AUCAAAAACAAACUCAAAGUCAUCUCUUAUAUAUCUUCAGCCAAAUUUUCAAGUUCUCUAGCUUACCAAUUUCACUCCUCUUCUCUCAUUUCAAUCAAAAGAUACUUAUUUUCAUCUUCGCGCUUUUCUAACACACUUUCAAAUUAUAACACUAAUGGAUAAGCUACAGAAGAUGAUCUCCGAGAAGUCGGUAGUGAUCUUUAGCAAAAACUCCUGUUGCAUGUCUCACACAAUCAAGACUCUCUUCAUAGACUUUGGUGUGAACCCAACGAUCUAUGAGCUAGAUGAGAUAAACAGAGGAAAGGAGAUAGAGCAAGCAUUGGCUCAGCUUGGCUGCAGCCCAACCGUGCCAGUGGUGUUCAUAGGAGGGCAGCUUGUUGGUGGAGCCAAUCAAGUCAUGAGUCUCCAUCUCAAUCGCUCUCUCGUUCCAAUGCUUAAGAGCGUUGGAGCACUAUGGGUUUGAUUUCAAAGUAAAUGAAUGCUUACGUA